UGAUAACCUUAGACCUACCUUUCUUUCUCUCUUUCCCUUCACUGUUUCCCCAUUCUCUCCCCUUCUCCUCUUAGAAAGCCCAAAAAAGCAAAAGUGAAAGAGGGAGAGAAAGAGAGAGAAAUUGUGCUAUGUCGUCGACGGCAGAGGAGUUCGCCGGGCCUGGCGGUUUUCUUUACCACGUGCCUCAACAUAGCCGGAGGGAGAAGCUUCGCUUCCCGACAGAUGACUCGUCGGUGGCUACCACGAUAUCACUUCCUCUCCUUCACCAGUCGAACGCCGCCUUCCUCCCAUCCUUUUACUACAACCAUAACUUCGACGACUGCGGACCAUACCAGAUCCAGCCGCAGGGAUUCUCUCUUUCUCUAUCGCCGGCGACGGUUGGUCCUCUAGGCCCUUUCACGGGCUACGCCGCUGUGCUGAACCGGUCCGGCUUUGUUGAGCCAGCCCGGCAGUUAUUGGAGGAGAUUUGCCGACUUGGCCGGGGAGAGUUCGCCAGCGUAGGUGGCCGAGAUCUGACGGACGAUAUGACUAUGGAGAGCGAGGUGGAAAGGGUAGAUGCUGUGGAGGAGGAGAACUGGAAGAAGGUCAAGCUCCUUUCCAUGCUUGAUGAGGUCUCUCUCUCUCUCUCUCUCAUUUUUUACCUUGAGAGUUUUUUUAAUAAUUAAAAAAAAAGUGGAUAA